UCCCGUCGCUUCCUCGCCUCGCCUCGCCUCGUUCCCUUCCUGUCUUCCCCUUGGCGAUUAGCUCUCGCUCGCGCCCGCGCCCGCGCGCCCGCUCGCUCCCUGCGCUCGCCGCCGCCUCGUGCUGUCCUAGCGCCGCGUCUCGAGGCGCCGCGAGGGGUUACUGGGUGCUCGCGGCGGGCAGAUCCGGCGUCGGCGGCGGCGGACAGGCCGAGAGGCGGGAUCGGCGGCGAAGGGUGGGAGGCUUCAGGGGAGGAAUCGGCGCCGGUUUUGGUUCUCUAGAGGAGGGGGGGGGGGGGGGGGGGAGGAGGAGGAGGAGGGCGGCUGGUGCAUGGGGGCAUGAAGCGCGCCAGGGACGACGCGCUCAUGGGGUCACAGCUCAAACGCCCCAACCUCGCCCGAUCCGAUCCGGCGGCGCAGCCGCAGCACAUGCCCCUGCCGGGCUCAGCGUCGGCGGCAGCGCCACCACCUGCGGCUGCCCAGCCGGCGCAGCAGCCGUCCGCCGGUGCCACGGCCAGCUACUCGGCCAGCCAGAAGCUGACUACCAACGAUGCGCUCGUCUACCUCAAGGCGGUGAAGGAUAAGUUCCAGGACAAGCGGGAGAAGUAUGAGGAGUUCCUUGAGGUCAUGCGUGACUUCAAGAGCGAGAGGAUUGAUACAAAUGGAGUGAUUAUUCGUGUGAAAACACUGUUCAACGGGUACCCUGAUCUGAUCCUUGGGUUCAAUGCUUUCUUGCCCAAGGGCUAUGCGAUCAAACUACAGGAGGAGAAGAAGCCUGUCGAUUUUGUGGAAGCUAUCAAUUUCGUGAACAAGAUAAAGAGUCGGUUCCAGCACGAUGAGCAUGUCUACAAGGCAUUCUUGGACAUACUCAACAUGUAUCGCAAGGAUAAUAAGUCCAUCCAAGACGUUUACCAUGAGGUUGCGAUGCUGUUCAGUGACCAUAAAGAUUUACUGGAAGAAUUCCAGCACUUUUUGCCUGAUACCUCAGUGGCUCCACAACCAGUGGCCUCAAGGGGUGGUUUGGUUAAGCGGGACGACAGGAGCUCUCUAAUGCCUCCUGCCAGUAGGACUCCUCACAAUGAUAAGAGGUAUAUGUUGCAUGCUGACCGUGACUUUAGUGUCGAUCGUCCUGAUGUGGAGCAUGAUCGCCAGAAAAGACGUCUUGAUAAGGAAAAAGAACGGAAGGUGGACAGGGAUAGAAGAGAUUAUGAGAGAGAAGACAAGGAUGUUGAUAAUGAGAGCAGAGAGCUGGAUGUUGGACAGCGUAAGCGCAAACCUUUUCCAAGGAAGCUGGAGGAAACGACAGGUGCUGAGACACACCAAGGAGCCCCCACUGAGAAUCAUAGAAUACAUAGCGUAUCCGCUUCAUCAUAUGACGAUAAGGAUGCACUGAAGAGUGUAUACACACAGGAAUUCCAUUUCUGCGAGAAAGUGAAGGAGAAGCUGGAACAUGAAGCUUACCAGGAGUUUUUGAAAUGUCUGCAUAUAUACAGCCAAGAGAUUAUUACAAGAAGUGAAUUGAAGAACUUGGUGAAUGAUAUACUUCAGCAAUAUCCAGAUCUCAUGGAUGGGUUCAACGAAUUCUUAGAGCAUUGUGAAAAUAUAGAUGGAUUUCUGGCUGGAGUCUUCAAUAAAAGGCAAACUGCAAAGACUGUUAAAACUGAGGACAAAGAAAAAGAUAGAGAGCGGGAGAGGGAGGAUAAGGACAGAGAUCGGGAAAAGGAAAGAGAGAGACCUGAGAAAGGAUCAACAUUCAAUCCGAAGGAAGGUGCUUGCCACAAACCUUCUGUGUACCCACCUGGCAAAGAGAAGUAUAACCUAUCCAAACCAAUAUCAGAGCUUGAUCUCUCAAACUGUCAACGAUGCAGUCCAAGUUACCGGCUUCUACCGAAAAUUUAUCCCAUGCCCCCUGCAAGCAACAGGACUGAUCUUGGAGCCUCUGUUCUUAAUGAUCACUGGGUAUCAGUGACAUCGGGAAGUGAAGAUUAUUCGUUUAAGCACAUGCGGAAGAAUCAGUAUGAAGAAAGCUUAUUUAGAUGCGAAGAUGACAGGUUUGAGCUGGAUAUGCUGUUGGAAUCAGUUAAUGCAGCAACUAAGCGUGUUGAAGAGUUGAUAGAAAAGAUGCAAGACAACUCAGUAAAACCUGAUAGCCCUAUUCGCAUUGAUGAACAUUUAACUCCUUUGAAUCUGAGGUGCAUUGAACGAUUAUAUGGUGAUCAUGGUCUGGAUGUGAUGGAUGUUCUUCGCAAAAAUGCUAGUGUUGCGUUGCCAGUUAUCUUAACCAGGCUCAAACAAAAGCAAGAAGAGUGGUCAAGGUGCCGAUCAGAUUUCAAUAAAGUUUGGGCUGAAAUAUAUGCCAAGAAUUAUCACAAGUCACUUGACCAUCGUAGUUUCUAUUUCAAGCAGCAAGAUACGAAGAACCUGAGCACAAAAUCGCUACUGACUGAGAUUAAAGAAAUUAAUGAGAAGAAAAGGAAGGAGGAUGAUGUACUCCUUGCUAUUGCUGCUGGAAAUAGGCGGCCUAUAGUUCCCAAUAUGUCAUUUGAGUAUAUAGAUUCCAAAAUCCAUGAAGAUCUACAUAAGAUCAUUAAGUACUCCUGUGGCGAAAUCUGCAAUUCUUCGGAUCAACUAGACAAAGUGAUGAGAAUAUGGACAACUUUUCUGGAGCCAAUUUUGGGUGUUCAGCCUCGAAUCCAUGGUGCCGAGGAUCUGGACCUAGUUAAGCCCAAGAGCCGAACAACAAAAUCUGGUCUUGCAAGUGUUGCGGAAAGCAAUACUGGAGCAGGGGUUGUUGCCAAGCAAGGCCAUGGUGAUGAAAGCGUUCUGCAUGAACAAGGACCAUCUUCUCGGUCUAGAUUGGUGAAUGGAAUUGCAGCAGAUACUCAAAAUGGUUUCCAUGAUGCCGAUCGAACUGCCCGUAGAAGUGAGGAACCAUCAAAUGCUGCACUAAAUGGAAGAGUGCAUGGUGCUGUCUCUGCCGCAGAUGACAUGCUGGCCCUAAGUACCCAAAACAUGUCUACCGAGCGAUCAUCAGAGAACGCUGCUGUUGUUAGGGCUGAACAACAUAAGGCGAAUUCGGAACUCACACCAGGUGUGAAUGCUUCUAGAAGUUCUCACGACGGAGUUGAGACGGCUGGUGAAGCCAGAGCUUGCAAUGAAACAUUGUCUUCUGCAGAGGGUGGGGAGACAGGGAGGUCAGGAUCAUCUUUAAAUGGUGGAUGCACCAAUGAGGGAAAUAAAGUCCGCCUAAAUAAUGAAGGUUCUGCACCCCAUAAUACUUCAAAAGUUGAAAGAGAAGAGGGUGAAUUAUCGCCUAAUGGAGAUUUUGAAGAGGACAAUUUUGUCCCUUUUGAAGAUGGAUCAUCUAAAGCAAAGGAAGGUUCUACAAGCAGACCAUUCCAGGGUAGGCCUGGGGAAGUGGUACCAUCUUGCGCUGAGGCAGCUGGUGAGAAUGACGCUGAUGCUGAUGAUGAGGGUGAGGAAAGUGCUCAGAGAUCUACUGAGGACAGUGAAAAUGCCUCUGAGGCUGGUGAAGAUGCAUCGGGCAGUGAAUCUGGUGAUGGUGAGGAAUGCUCUCGUGAAGACCAUGAUGAGGAAGAGGAGGAUAUGGAUCACGAUGAUCAGGAUGCAAAGGCCGAAAGUGAGGGUGAGGCAGAAGGAACAACUGAGACACAUGAUGUGGAAGGAGGAAUAUCACUACCGCUUUCAGAACGCUUUCUGUAUGCAGUAAAACCACUUGCCAAGCAUGUACCUACAGCUUUACAUGAUAGAGAUGAGAAGUCCUCCCGUAUAUUUUAUGGGAAUGAUUCGUUUUAUGUCUUGUUCAGGCUACACCAGAUCUUAUAUGAGAGACUACUUUCAGCAAAGACAAACUCUUUUAAUGCUGAAAAGAAAUGGAGAACUUCCAAGGAUACAAACCCUCCUGACCUAUAUGCGAAGUUUACGAGUGCGCUGUACAACUUGCUUGAUGGUUCGUCUGACAAUACCAAGUUUGAGGACGACUGCCGAGCUAUUAUUGGAACUCAAUCAUAUGUUCUCUUUACUUUAGAUAAACUGAUUUACAAAGUCGUGAAACAGCUUCAAGCUAUAGCGACAGACGAAAUGGACAAUAAGCUUCUGCAACUAUAUUUAUAUGAAAAAUCAAGGUCUCCUGGGAGGUUCUUUGAUCUAGUUUAUCAUGAAAAUGCCCGUGUCCUCCUCCAUGAUGAGAGCAUAUAUCGAUUUGAAUGUUGCUCAAAUCCGACAAGGUUGUCUAUUCAGCUGAUGGAAUAUGGUCAUGAAAAGCCAGAAGUGACCGCAGUAUCAAUUGAUCCAAAUUUUUCUUCGUACCUUUUUAGUGAGUAUUUGUCUAGUAUGUCAGACAAGAAAUUAUCUGAAGGCGUCUUCCUUGUAAGGAACAAGCGGAAACAUUCAAAUAAUGACGAGCCUUCAGAUUCUUUGAAGGCUAUGGAUGGUAUCAAAGUUGUAAACGGUCUUGAAUGCAAGAUAUCAUGCAAGACCUCUAAGGUAUCAUAUGUCCUUGACACCGAAGAUUUCUUGUUUCGGUUACAGAAGAGGAGGAAACUUUUACAUGGUGGGAAUGUGCCUGACAGGUUGCAGGUUUCGAAAAUAUAUGCUGCAAAAGUGCAGCGCUUCAAUAGAUUCCUAUCCAAACCUUAGGGUCAUUUGGCAUAAUCCUGCCAUUGUAUCUAAACCUGUUGAGUUGCUGGGGUCACCAGCGGCUUUGCCUCAACAAUGAGAAUCAGCGGGAGGGUGAUGAUGGCGGUUCCAUCGACAAUUUGCCACAGCAUGCCCUUUUGGAAUAACAGCUUGGAAGAUAUACAUGGGUAAAUACUCCAAAGCGAAGCAAGCAUGUAGGCCACCGCAGUCAGCUCUGUCGUGUCCAAAGAUGUGUAUAUAUAUGUAUUGGCACCAUGUUGUUUGUUCCGGUGACAGUUUACUUGUUUUCGAUGGUAGGAGGAUUCUGUCAAGUAUUAGCUAAUCAAUCAUCAUUUGUUGCUGCUGGUAUAGGUCCUCUCUUCUUUUUCGGCCGUCCAUUCAAUUCAAGAUGUGGACACAAUUAAAACCAGUGUCAACAGUUAUGUAGUCUUCCUUUGGGUAAUCAGAAAGACACCGUAAUUUCGUAUU